AUGGCAGGUGACUCGAGUUUUCCAGAUGUGGACAGUGAUGGAGCAGAAAAAAAUGAAGAAACAGUGAUUGUAGUCAAUGUUGGUGGGGUAAGGCAGGUGUUUUAUGGAGAUAACCUGAAUCAGUAUCCAGAAACACGACUGGCAGAGCUGCUCAACUGCUUGUCAGGGGGAUAUGAUAGUAUAUUCUCGCUCUGUGAUGACUACGAUCCUGGAAAAAGAGAGUUUUACUUUGACCGAGAUCCAGAUGCUUUCAGAUGCAUUGUUGACGUAUACUACUUUGGGGAAAUUCACAUGAAGAAAGGAAUAUGCCCCAUAUGUUUCAAGAACGAAAUGGAAUUUUGGAAAGUGGAUCUAAAAUUUUUGGAUGACUGCUGCAAAACUCAUCUAAGUGAAAAAAAGGAGGAACUGGAAGAAAUAGCCCGAAGAGUGCAACUGAUUCUGGAUGACUUGGGAGUAGAUGCCUCAGAAAGCCGUGGGAAAAGGUGCCAAAAAUACAUCUGGAAAUUUCUGGAGAAACCAGAAUCGUCUUACCCAGCUCGAGUGAUUGCUGUUCUGUCCUUCCUGUUUAUUUUGAUCUCCUCCAUUGUGAUGUGUGUCGGGACCAUCCCAGACCUGCAGAUUGUAGAUGCAGAGGGGAACCGUAUGGAGCACCCGACUCUGGACAACAUAGAGACAGCCUGCAUAGUCUGGUUUACCAUGGAGUAUGUGCUAAGGCUAAUCUCCUCUCCCAACAAACUCCACUUUGUCUUGUCUUUCAUGAACAUUGUAGAUGUGCUAGCCAUACUUCCCUUCUAUGUCAGCCUGACUUUGACCCACUUGGGAGCCAAGCUCAUGGAGCUGAGCAAUGUCCAGCAAGCUGUCCAGGCGCUGCGCAUCAUGAGGAUCGCCAGGAUUUUCAAGCUUGCACGGCACUCCUCAGGCCUCCAGACUCUAACAUAUGCCCUGAAACGCAGCUUUAAGGAGCUUGGGCUGCUCCUCAUGUAUUUAGCUGUUGGAAUCUUUGUCUUUUCUGCCCUGGGUUAUACCAUGGAGCAGAGUCACCCCGAAACUUUAUUUAAAAGCAUCCCACAGUCAUUUUGGUGGGCAAUCAUUACCAUGACCACAGUUGGAUAUGGAGAUAUAUACCCUAAAACAACACUAGGAAAACUGAAUGCUGCCAUCAGUUUUCUUUGUGGAGUGAUAGCGAUUGCCCUUCCUAUCCAUCCCAUCAUUAACAACUUUGUCAGAUACUAUAACAAGCAGAGAGUUUUAGAAACAGCUGCCAAGCAUGAACUGGAGCUGAUGGAGCUAAACUCAGCUGAUGGGAAAGCCACAGACUGCAAGAAUGAACUAGAGGAUCUUGCAAGGGAAGGCAAGGAGGCUCCUUUUUAUAGCAGCCGGCUGAAGGUCUCCCACAGUGACACCUUUAUUCAUCUCCUGUCAGAAGAGAAACACUAUAGGACCAGGCUUCAAAGCUGCAAAUAAACUGUGAGCUGUUGUCAGUGCUAAGCUAUUGACUGGGACAAGCUGACAGUUGACUGUGGAAAAGACUGGAGGGAUCUGUAAAAGUUGGGAGGGAGCUCUGCUUUGCUUUUCCAACGUGAAUAUAUGUUAACCCCAUGGUAUCUCCAUGAAGAGUUGGGUAAGACUUUGCUGCUAUUACUCAAAAUAAAAUAAUAGGAUUCCAUUGAGAUCAGACUGCUUAUAAUAAGUGUGUUCUGACAGAAACCAUUUGUAACUAUUCUGGAGGCUGAAAAGUCCUUCCUGAUGGGUAAAGGUUUGAUGAUUUGAAUGUGCAGCAUUGCCACGUCACAACUCUGUACCUGUGACAAUAAAGCACAGCAUCACACAG